AUGGAUGAUGUACCAUUAAUCAAAGGAGAUCAGACCCGACAUCUCAAGAUCGGCUCCAAGCUGACCGAAGGAUUGAGGAGGGGAUUAAUAGACUUCCUCAGGUCCAACUCCGACUGCUUUGCUUGGUCCCACGCAGAUAUGCCUGGGAUCGACCCGGAGAUCAUCAUGCAUAAGCUGCAGGUGGAUCCCUUACGUCAACCCGUCAGACAAAAGAGAAGGAAGUUUGCUCCCGAAAGGGACGCAAUCAUCAACGAUGAAGUCAAAAAGAACGGGAAGCGGAGAGUCUGCAUAGACUUCACAGACCUCAACAAGUCUUGUCCAAAGGACCUCUUCCCGCUACCUCAUAUCGACAAAUUGGUGGAUUCCACCGCGGGGCAUCAGCUGAUGAGCUUCAUGGACGCGUUCUCCGGCUAUAAUCAAAUACUUAUGCAUCCGAAAGACCAGGAAAGAACGUCCUCCAUGACGUCCAGAGGGAUCUACUGCUAA